AGCAGCGCGGCGGCGGCGGGCCCGCGCUCGGCCAGCUCAGCGCCUUUGCAGGGAAGGACUCGAACCGGCGUCCGGAAAGGUGCAGAAGACACGAUCUUCAAAGCUAAUCAUGAAAACGUUUAUCGUUGGAAUCAGUGGUGUGACAAAUGGUGGGAAGACAACACUGGCUAAGAACUUGCAGAAACACCUGCCAAACUGCAGCAUCAUAUCUCAAGAUGACUUCUUCAAGCCAGAAUCUGAGAUAGAGACAGAUAAAAAUGGUUUUUUGCAGUAUGAUGUACUCGAAGCGCUCGAUAUGGACAAAAUGAUGUCAGCCAUCUCCUGCUGGAUGACAGGCUCAGCACACACAGAGGGACCAACGGUCCAGGAAAGGGCUGAAGAAAAUGCCAUCUUAAUCAUCGAAGGUUUCCUGAUCUUUAAUUAUAAGCCAUUCGACACCAUAUGGAAUAGAAGCUAUUUUCUGACCGUUCCGUAUGAAGAAUGCAAGAGGAGGCGGAGUACAAGGGUCUACGACCCUCCAGAUGUCCCAGGGUACUUUGAUGGCCACGUGUGGCCCAUGUACCUGAAGCACAGAGGGGAAAUGGAGGACAUCACGUGGGAAAUUGUUUACUUAGAUGGAACAAAAUCUGAAGAGGACCUUUUUACCCAAGUGUAUGAAGAUCUAAUGAAAGAACUAGCAACGCAGAAAGGUUUACAAGAAACAGCAUGAAAAUGAAUGUAAUCAAUCCUUUCUGGGGUGAAUUAGAAACUCAAAGGACUAUAUUUCUGAACCUUAAUCAAGAUACAGUCUGUACUAUGGUACAGUGACAGCUGGUGUGUGUGUGUGUGUGUGUGUGUGUGUGUGUGUGUGUGUGUGUGUGUGUGUGUGUGUGUGUUCCUGCACACGCUUACUCACACAUAGGUUUUCCAGCAUGUUGAACAGCAAGCAUCUAUCCCAAUGGAUAGACAGGGCAGAGCUCAGGAAUGCUGAGUCAAUGCCCUGUACCAGUGAUUGUCAAAGUUUUGUGACUGCAAUCUAGAAAAGAAAUAAGUAUAUUUCACAAUCCAGCACAGAUGUAAGCCAUGUGUGUGUUUAUGUGUAUGUGUGUAUAGUUGUAUACCCAGGUGUGUACAACAUAUGUGUAUGUAUACACACACAUCAGGAACUGCAAGACAUUAAUUAUAUAUUACGUACUGAUUUUCUUCUAGUUUUAAUUUUUUUUAAUUAAUUAGUGCCUCUCACCAAAUGCAGUAAUAGCAUUGCCAGGAAUAGUAGUCACACUGACUAAAUCAACAAUUCACUAUAGUACAUGUAGUUUUUGUUUUGUUAUGGUAGAGUAAUUGUUUCAUUUGUCCAUUGUAUCUCUUAUGUUGAGACUUUGCUACAAAUAGAAAGGGUUGGUGAUGUUUCUGUGAUUGUGUGUUGGGGUUUUUUGUUUGUUUGUUCUGUGAGAUCAGUGGUCUAACACAACAGAAGCAAGCAGUUAUUUCACUUACAUGUAAUACCAGGGGCCUUCCUUUGGAAAGAUUAGGAAAUAUAGACUUGAAAUUUCUUGAUGCCUCUUUCAAUGCUGAAAUGUAAAUUAUGUGUUGAUCAACCUUUUGUAUAUUGGAAAUAAAUAGAUUACUUGCAAUUGUAAAAUAAUUUCUCUUUAUUUG